AUGUCGGUGGAACAUGUACACACCAAGAACGGUCUCAUCGUUCUGUGCCACUGCCAAAGGCACGGCAAGGGCCGCAACAGCAAGACGCCGAAACAUCCUGCUUGCGUGAAUGAGCGAGGGGAGAAGGAUAUAAAGACCCCAACACAUCCCACUUACCCAUCCGCUAAAAACCGCCCACUCCGAAUCAUCCUGCUCUCAUUGCAAAGCCUUAUCAUGCCACUACCACAAGGUACAAUUGUGCCUCCAAUCCUUCACGGACUGCACACAAGCUCGGGUAAGCUCCACCAAGCCCAGCGGGAUUCGGCUCGAGAAUGGCCUAGCUUGAUGAAGGAUGCAGGGAGCGAGCGAUCUCGCUGCGAAUUUGCCUGUUCAGCGCGGCGAUUGGCGGACACGGGAUGUAACGGGGCAACAGAGGGCAAAAGAACAAUGAAAGCCGGCCUGAUAUUAUUAAGGAGAAUCAAGAAGCUGGACGUAUUGUUUCGCAGGCAGAAUGCAACCUACGCACGGGAAUUCCUGCUUCUGCUGGCCAUGCCCAAGCGAAUGUCCAUCGAAGAUAGCCCACUGUCGUUGGAGUUGGACGAACUCCUUUCCUGUAGCGUUGCGAUCUUGCACCGGAUAUAUCUCAAAAUCGUUGGUCCACUUUUGUGGCACCAUGUCUCAUUGCUGGAUGAUCUUAGAUCGAGGCCAGGCGGAGAGCGUACGGCCGUGAAAUGCUCCCUCCAGUUGCUAUGCCAGUAG